UUCGGCUCCGGCUUCGGCUUCUCUUCCUUCCUCCGUCCGCGCCGCCGGCGAUGACCGCGGGGCCGGGGCCCAGCUGAGCCGGGGAGCCGGGCGGGAGCCAUGCCGGCCCUGAGGGCGCCUCCGGGCUGAAGGAAGGAAGGUUGGGCAGCGGUGCCGGGAAGAAGAAGAAGAAGAAGAAGGAGCCAAGCACGAGGCUGGAGUUGCAGGAGCCGAGGUGGAGCGCCGUUCCCUGGGCAGUUGAGAGCUGUGGGCUAUGGGAUGGAUGAAGCUGAGCAGGACCAGUAUGAAGCCCACCUCAAGGAACUCUUCGACAGCUUUGAUGUCACCGGGACCGGGACCCUCGGGCAGGAAGAGCUGAGAGAGCUUGGCCACGUGUUGCACCUGGAAGAAGUGGCCCCGGGAGCAUUGCAGCGGACCCUUCUGCAGGACGGCCUCCCAAGCCGGGUCCACUUUGACCAGUUCAAAGAUGCCCUCAUCCUCAUCCUGUCCAGCACACUAACCAACGAGGAGUCCUUCCAGCAACCAGACUCUUCUCCGGAGGCUCAACCCAAAUACAUCAAAGGAGGGAAGCGCUAUGGAAGGCGGUCCUUGCCGGAGUUUCAGAAGUCGGUGGAGGAGUUUGCAGAGGUGACCGUGAUCAAACCCCUGGACGAGGAAGGGCAACCGUCCCACAUCCCCAAUGAUGACUGCGAUGAGCGCUGGAGAUCCCAGGACAGCGAGGAAUAUGAAGCUGAAGGCCAGUUGAGAUUCUGGAAUCCCGAUGAUUUGAAUGCCUCCCCCAGCAUCUCCCCCACUCAGGACUGGAUCGAAGAAAAGCUGUGCGAAGUGUGUGAAAGCCUUGGCAUCUCCCGGGACGGGCACCUGAGCCGCAAGAAGCUGGUCUCCAUUUGCGAGCAGUACGGCUUGCAGAACAUCGGCGCUCAGGUGCUGGAGGAGGUCUUCCGUGACCUUGAGCACAACAAUGGCACCAUGAGCAUCGAAGACUUCUUCUACGGCUUGUUUAAGAUCCGGAAGCCCCUCCCGCCUUCCGCCUCCACCCCGUAUAGGCAGCUGAAACGGCAUCUCUCAAUGCAGGCCUUUGAUGAGACUGGGAGACGCAACACCACAUCAUCAGCAAUGACGAGUACCAUCGGUUUCCGGGUGUUCUCCAGCCUGGAUGAUGGGAUGGGUUAUGCUGCAGUGGAACAGAUCCUGGAUGUGUGGCACGAAGAAGGGAUUGAGAACAGUCAUGAGAUCUUGAAGGCUCUAGAUUUCAGCUUGGAUGGGAAAAUCAACCUGGCAGAGCUCACCCUUGCCUUGGAGAAUGAGCUUCUCGUGGUAAAGAACGGGAUUUACCAGGCAGCGCUGGCCAGCUUCAAAACAGAGAUCCAGCAUUUGAUGGAGCGGGUUGACCAAGUUGCCAGAGAAAAGGAGAAACUACGUCUGGAUUUGGAGAAAGCAGAGAAGCUGACUUCGCUCAUGGCGAGGGAGGUAGAUGACCACCACGCUGCCAUUGAACGCCAGAACGAGUACAACUUGAGCAAGCUGGAUGAGGAGUACAAGGAGCGGGUUGCGGCUCUCAAGAAUGAGCUCCAGAAAGACCGGGAGCAGCUCCAGCAUCAGGCCAGCAAGCAGCGGGCAGACAUGGAGCAGGAGGUGGAGAAGCUGAAGACCGAGGAGAACUACCUCCGGGACCGCCUCGCUCUGACUCUGAAGGAAAACACUCGCUUGGAGAAGGAACUCUUAGAGACGGGCGAGAAGGUGGCAAAGUACGAAGGCAUGAUGAGCAAACUGCAGAAGAACUGGGAAAACGUCCUGGCAGAGAAGUUUGGUGAUCUCGACCCAGGAAGUGCAGAAUUCUUCCUGCAAGAGGAGCGGCUGAUGCAGAUGAAGAACAAAUACGAGCAGCAGUGCAGGGAAUUCCAGGAUCAGAUCGACGAGCUUCAGUCUCAGCUAGAAGAAUAUCAGGCUCAAGGCAGAAUUGUCCGGCCUUCCCUGCAAAACUCCCUUUACCAGGAGCUGGACGAUGGCGGAGUUGAGUGCGGUCAAGAGCCUGCUUCUGAGGAGUGCAACCCGCUGAACAUGAGCAUCGAAGCCGAAAUGGUGAUUGAGCAAAUGAAAGAUCAGCACUACCGGGACCUCCACAACUUGCAGCAGGAGCUUGAAAACACGAUAAACCAUUAUGAGAAGCAGCUUGAGGACACCAAGGCCCUCUGUGACCAGGAGUGUGGGGACCUCCAGUGUACCUUCAGCGAGGAGAGGCAGAGCCUGGAGUGUGAAGUGGGGCUCCUACGGGUCCAAGUGGGUGAGCUCCAGGAAGAAUUGGCGAGAGUCGAGGAGCAGGCAGAAUCUCAGCAGAGUCUGGAGAAGUUGUGCUUAGAAGAGGAAGCCGGUCAGGGUGAGAAGGAGCUGGAAGAGGCCCGGGAGAGCUUUACCCGCGAGCGGGAAGAGUUGCUCCAGGCAAGAGCUUGGCUGGAGGAGAAGAUGAGGAGCUUCGCAGAGAGCGCCCAGAAGGAGAAAGCGGAGCUCGAAAACGGUUUCCAGGAGCAGCUGCGACAGCUGCUGGAGAAUCACGCCCUGGAAAAAGAGCAGCUGCAGCAAGAGCUGGCGGAGAAGCAUCAGCAGGAGAUGCGGGAGCAAAGGGUGCAAAUGGAAGGUGAGUUUAAUGGAAGAAUGUCUUUGAAAGAGGAGCAGUUUGCCGUCGACCGACAGGCGCUUGCCAGCAAGUACGGGGAAGCCAUAAAGGGACUCGAGGGGCGCUACCAGCGAGAGAUGCGGGCGCUUUCCGAGCUGCAAUGUGAGGAGAAGUCCCAGUGGGAAUUUGAAAAAGAUGAAAUUGUCCAGGACGGGGCUGAGGCGCAGGAGAGAUGGAAAGCCAUCCUGGAGGGAGAAAGGUCUGUCGCUUCAGCGCUUGCCGAGGAGAAGGACCUCCUGGAGAAGGCAUUCAAGGAGAGAGUGAACUCGCUGGUGUUGGAGAAAGAGCAGCUGCAGAAGGAGCUGCAGGAGGUGAAGAAGCAAGGAGAUGAACUACGCGAGAGGCUCUUGCAAACUCAAGCCAUCCACGAGCAGGAACUGAAGAAAAGAGAAGAGGAAAUGUCUGUCGUUGAAGAAGAUCGGAAGCAGGUUGUCCAAAAACUUGGAAAACUGGAGGCUGAGUCUGAACAUGAGAAAAAGGAGCUGAAUUCCAGGCUGGUGGCUUUGGAGUAUUUGAAGCGAGAAGCACUCAGUAGAGCAGCAGAAGAUCAAGAAAAACUGAGAUCCACAAUAUCAACGCUUGAAAGUAAAAUUCAAGAACUGCAGAAUGAAUUGCAACAGCACCCAAAACUGCAAAACAAUUUGGGCUUUUUGGACAAAGAAGCAGGACCAGCAGGUGGUGAUUCUCCGUGGUCCGACAUAUCUCAGGAGCCCAAAGAUGUGACAGAUCUUCUAUCAAACCAGGAAGAGUUGCAAGAGACGUCAGGAGAAGGUGAUGUGGCAACACUUUGUUUGAUGGAUAAGUUACCCAAAGAGCCAGAGAGAGAACUAACCAAGUCCCCUGGUUUCAUAACUUUGGUUCCAGACUCAUCCGUUGACUCUCACUUUCUAAAUGUCAUGGAUGAAGAAAACAGCCAAACAAAAACAGAAGGUGGAAUUAAAAAACCAGAUGGGAAUGCGUGCUUUGUGUUGGCCACUGAUGGGACCAUGUUUGAAGAAAGCAUGGCCUUGGAGAAGGCCUAUGAAGAAAUGAUGGCAGAGAAUCAAGCCCUCAAAGCUCAGCAGGCUCUCCUUGAAGAGAGGAUUGACCUCCUGGAAGCUGAGUGUGACCGAAUGGCUCAUGACCGGCAGGACAUGGCUUCCCAGGUCCAGAAGGAACUCGAUGAGAUCCUGAAGACCAUUCCCAAGCCAAACACUUUGCCUUGUGAAAGAGAUGACUAUGAAGAAAGGUUUCCUUGGGAGAAGGUUGAUGUUGAGAUGUUGCAUGCAGACUGUACAAUGGGAAGCAAUGGUCUCUUUGUGGAAACCUUGGAGGCCGGAUUAAACGUGGAGGAGAUGAGUGCUGGAUCUCUGCAGCUUGAGAUGGACCACAGAAGGGAGAAGGGGGAGCUGAAAUACUUGGUGCCUGAGCUUUGGGAUGUGGAUGCCGAGAAGCAGACUUGUUCCAGAUUACAGACCAAAGCUCUGAUGUUGCCAGAAGAACUCAAGAUGGAAAACCGGGCCCUGAAAACGGAGAUGGUCAAGCUACUUGAGCGGAACAACAAACUGGAGGGAUACCUACCAAAACUCAUCACCUUGCAGUGCCAGUUGGAUGAAGUUGACCAAGAAGCCCUCGCGCUGAAGGGGGAAAAAGCCCAACGGCUGGAGGAAGUCAGGAAACUGGAAGAAGUCCGGGACCAGUUGGUUCUGGACAAUGCCGAGCUGCAGAGCGCCAACCUGGUCUUGCAAAGCAGGCUGGGGAAGACGGAGGAGCUGGUGGCCAACCUGAAGGCCCUGAAGGGUGGCCGGCACAGCCGCUGUGAGAGCGCUGCCAAAGAGGUGGAGGCGGAGAAGAAGGGCCUCCAUGAGCUCAACAGGAAGCUGAGGGAGAAAGUGGCCACCCUGCUGAAGCAGAAUGGCACCCAGGCGCAGGAGCGGGAAGACCUGAAAGUGGCCCUCCAUGACCUGCAGAGCACCUGCGCUCAGCAGCGGCAGAAGCUGGAGUUCCUCAGAUGUGAAGCUGAGCACCUCAGAGAAGAAAACACUGCUUUGAAGAACGAAAUUGGUUUGUUAAACGAGGAAGGGAGCGUUUCCAACCUACGGCUCAGGGAGCUCAAUGGGUCUCAAGAAGAACUCUGGCAUAAGAUUGGGACUGUACAGAAGGAGAAAGCGGCAAUGCAGAAGAUGGCUGAAAACUUUAAGAAGCAGGCCUCUGAACUGAGAGCGAGGAACCAUCAGCUAGAAGUGGAAAAUGCCAAACUUGGCCGUCGAAGCUCCCCGCACCAGGCGGACACCCAAGACUUGAACCAGCAGCUGAGGAAAGUGUUUCGGCCGCGAGAAAAGGAAGCCGGAAAGUGUGGACCAGAAGAAGGUGGAAGAGAGCGCUCCCAGCUCAAGGAGGAACUGGAGAAUUAUAAAAUCCAGUCCUCAACACUGGUCUCAUCCUUGGAGACGGAGCUGUCUCAGCUCAGGGUUCAAGCCCGAGCUCUGGAGCAGGAGAACAAUUUCCUCAAGGAAGAACUGGAGAAGGUAAAGCAGUUGCCAAGAUGCCCGGAUCUCUCCGAUCUUCAAAAUGAGAUUUCCAGCGUCAUUGUGAAAAAUGAAAAGUUGCUGAAAGAGAAGGAAGCACUCAAUGAAGAGCUAAACAGAUGUGUGGAGAAGUUGGCUAAAGCAGCCUUCCUGGAGAACCUUGUCAGUUCCUUGAAGCAGGAGAAGACCUCUCUGGAGCACCAGAAUCAGUCACUGAAGACCCAGAUUGCAGCAUCCCAAGACAAGAUACAGAGCUUUGAUGACGCUGUGCAGAAUGUCAAUCUCCAGAUGUCCCGGCUCAGGUCAGACCUCAGGCUGUCGCAGCAGGAGAAGGAAGCUCUGGAACAGGAUGUGAUGUCACUACAUAAGCAACUGCAGACAGCCAGUGACAAGAAUCGGGUUCUGGAGGCAGCCAUGAACUCUGCUGGAUUGCAGAGCCAGCAGAAGAAGCUCUACUGGGAGGAACUGGACCAGCUGGUCAAGGAAGAGCAGCAGCUCUUGCGGCAGGAGAAUGAGAGGCUGCAACGGGAAGUCCAGGGCGCCAAGACUGAUCUCACGCAUUCCAGGGAGAAGGUGCGGCAGCUGGAGUCCACGGUGCUCUCCUUCAAGCACCAAAAGCACCAAAGCCAGUCAGGGAUUGUGAAAGCCAUUGAGCAAGAGAAGCUGGGCUUGAAGCGGGAGUGCGAGAGGCUCCAGAAGGAGCUGGCCUUGGCCAACAGGAAGAUCAGCCAGAUGAAUUCUCUUGAGCGUGAGCUGCAGACCAUCAAUCUGGAAAACGAAGGCCUCAGGAAGAAACAAGUGAGACUGGAUGAACAGCUGCUUCACUCCAACUCCAACGUGAAGCUUAGUCUGCCGCCACCGCCGCCGUCGCCGCAUCCUCGGGACCUCCCACCACUGGGCUGCGCGGCUGUCUCCUGGGAGCAGUACCAGCAACUGCAGCAGCAGUUCCUGCAGGCCGAGAGGACGUGCCACCGCUUGCAGGAGGAGCUGGAGAGCCGCCCCUCGGAAACAAACACGCCCCAGAGCGGACAGGAGCAGCUGCUCAAAAUGAUGGAGAGGCGCAUGAUGGACGUGGAGCAGCAGCUGAGGCUGGUCAAGCGCCUUCUCCAAGACAAAGUCAAUCAGCUGAAAGAGCAGCUCACAAAGAACAGAAAAGCAGACGAAAUGGUGAAAGACCUCUAUGUUGAGAACGCCCAGCUCCUGAAAGCUCUGGAGAUGACGGAACAGAGGCAUCAAACGGUGGAGAAGAAGAACUACUUACUGGAAGAGAAGAUUGCCAACCUCAGCCGGAUUGUCAACAACCUGACCUCCCCAACGUUGGGGUCCACGGUUCAGCUGGGGUCUUAGCCCGUCUGCCUAACUCUGCACAUCCCAUGCACUUUAUUGAUGAAAUGCUGGGCAUUUCGGCUGUUUUAGAAAACGCUGCCUUUUGAAUGUUAGAGACUUGGAUCCGUGCCAGGGCUGUUCCUUCUCGAUCUCAACUUCCAUCCUGGAUGCCUUACUGCAAACUCAUUUUUCUCUCUGGAGAGUUCAACACUGCUUGGAGGACGAGUGCACGAUGCUGGAGGUGCGACGCACCUUUAAACACUAAACAUAAGUAUACCUCCAAUAACAAAUUCCCUGGCCAUUACUACUACUUGCACAGAAAUGUUGAUGCCAAAGCUACACAUGACAUGGAAAGAAUAUUUACAGCAUUUAUAUUCCGCCCUUCUCGCCCCGAAGGGGACUCAGGGGACUCACAUUACACAUAUAGGCAAACAUUCAAUGCCUUUUAACAUAGAACAAAGACAAGACAAACAUAGGCUCUGAGGGGGCCUCGAACUCAUGACCUCCUGGUCAGAGUGAUUCAUUGCAGUUGGUUGCAGCCGGCUUGCUCUUCCGCCUGCACCACAGCCCGGGCCCAGGUUUGUAUUCCACACAAAAAAGCAGAUUGACACACUUCAUCUGAGUUUUUUUUAUUCACACAUAACAUUAUGCGCUUGUGGUGAAACAACCAGAUUGGGUAAAUCUUGCAUUACUAAACAAAAACACAUUGAACUUUCUACAAUUAUUUCAAAAUGCAUCCAGACAUUUAUUUAUUUUUUCUUCUACCAACCUCUGCUUGUGUUAUGAUUUCCAUUUUGGGAGCAAAUCAUCCAAUCCUAUCAUUGGAAGGGACCUCCAGAGGUCACCCAGUCCAACCCCCUUCUGCAGGCAGGAAGACACAAUCCAAGCCCUCCUGACAGAUGGCCAUGCAGCCUAUGUUUAAAACAUCUCCGGAGAAGGAGACCGCACUGGACUCUAAAGCAGAAGCCGAUUCUAUUAUUGAAAGCUCUGACUGUCAUGAAGUUAUUUCUGAUGUUUAGGUGGAAUCUCUUUUCCUGCAAUUUGAAUCCAUUUCUUUGUGUCCCAGCAUUAAAAAAAAGCUUGCUGCCUUCUCCUCAAUGGGACAUCUGUUCCAAUAUUUAAAUAUGGCUCUUAAAUCCCCUCUCAGUCUUCUCCAAGCCAGACUUUCCAACUUCUAAAGAUUCAUAGUUUCCAGAUCUUUGACCAUUUUGGUCAUGCUUCUCUAUUUAUUUUUAUUUUUAUUUAUUUCCAGUAUUUAUAUUCCGCCCUUCUUUCUCACCCCAAAGGGGACUCAAGGCAGAUCACAAUGCACAUAUGCAUGGCAAACAUUCAAUGGCAUUAUUAGACAUACACCACACACACAGACAGACAGACAGACAGUAGAGGCAAUUUAACAUUUUUCCAGCUUCCAGCAUCAUGAGGUUAUGCUUGAUUCCGGCCACAGGGGGAGCUGCUGCUUCAUUCACUGUGACACCGAGUCCUUUGAUCGUAGUACUUCCUCCUUGCUCUUCGCAUGCCAGCAGUUUUAUGGUGUCAUAAAUUAAAUUAACCUCCCUGCAUUAAGCGGUCCCUAAUUCUCUACUCACAGCUACAACUGUUUUCGAACUGCUUAGGUGGACAGUAAGCUAGGCUAUUAAAUGAUCGGGAGUUUAAUCCGACGCAGGUUUUGAACUAAUGACCUUUCGUUUAGUAGUGAUUUGUUGCUGCUGGCUAUUAACCAGCUGUGCCACAGCCUGGCGCAGAUAUCUUUCAUCUUCUUGACUUGCUUUGUCCAGAACCAGAGACAGUUUUACUCCAAGUGUGAUCUGACCAAAGUCUAAGAAAGUAGGACUAGAACUUCCCUCAAUUCCAACAUUAUGCUCUUGUUCAUGCAGCCUAGAAUUGCAUUGGCCUUUUUAGCCGCCGCAUCACACUCUUGGCUCACGUUCACCUAAGACUUAAUGGAAGGUUAAGAGGCACGAUCAUCAAGUUUGCAGACAACAUCAAAUCGGGAGGAAGAGCUAAUAUUCCAGAAGACAGGAGCAGAAUUCAAAACGAUCUUCACAGAUUAGAGAGAGGAUUGGCCAAAACUAACACAAGUUCAUCAGGGAGAAAUGCAAGAUUCUCCACUUAGGCAGAAAAAAGGAAAGGCAAAGAUACAGAAUAGGGGAUGAUGCCUGGCUUGAUAGCAAACAUGUGAAAAAGAUCUUGGAGUCCUUGUGGGGAGGAAGGGGAACAUGAGCCAAGAGUGUGAUGCUGCAGCUAAAAAAGCCAAUGGGAUUUUGGUCUGCAUAAAUGGGAGUCUAGUGCCUAGAUCCAGGGAAGUCAUGCUCCCCUUCUAUUCUAUUCUGCCAUGGUCAGACCAUGUCUGGAAUCACAAUGUGUCCCAUUCUGGGCACUGAAAUUGAAGGGAGAUGUUGACUCUAAGCUGGAAUGUGUCCAGAGGAGGUCACCUAAAAUAAUCAAGGGUCUGGAUAACAAGCCCUAUGAGGAGCGGCUGAAAGAGCUGAGCAUGUUUAGCCUGUGGAAGAGAAGGCUGAGAGGAGACAUGAUGAGGGCCAUGGAUCAAGAUGUGAGGGGAAAUCAUAAGGAGGAGGGUGCCAGCUUGUUUUCUACUUCCCUGGAGACAAGGAACAAAUUCUAUCAAAUUAUGGGAAAGGAGAUUCCACCUGAACAUUAGAAAGAACUUCCCAACGGGGCCGGGCUGUGGCGCAGGCUGGUGAGCAGCCUGCUGCAAUAAAUCACUCUGACCAUGAGGUCAUGAGUUCGAGGCCAGCCCAUGGUGGGGUGAGCACCCGUCAAUUUAAAAUAAAAAAUAGCCCCUGCUCGUUGCUGACCUAGCAACCCAAAAGAUAGUUGCAUCUAUCAAGUAGGAAAUAAGGUACCACUUAUAAAAGUGGGGAGGCAAAUUUAACUAAUUUACGACAUUGGAAUGAGGAAGUGCGGUCAGAGUGGAUGAUGAAGCAGCUGCUCCCCCCUGUGGCCAGAAUCGAACACCCCCUCAAGAGAAGGUUAAAUUGCCUCUGCAUCUGUCUGUCUCUGUCUCGGUUCUACGUGUAUAUGGGCAUUGAAUGUUUGCCCUAUAUGUAUAUAAUGUGAUCCACCCUGAGUCCCCUUUGGGGUGAGAAGGGUGGAAUAUAAAUACUGUAAAUAAAUAAAUAAAUAAACUGUGAGAGAGCACUGUUCAGCAGUGGAACUCUCUGCAGUGUGGUGGAGGCUCCUUCGUUGGAGGUUUUGAAACCGAGGCUGGAUGGCCAUCUGUCGGGGGUGCUUUGAAUGUGAUUGUCCUGCUUCUUGGCACAAUGGGAUUGGACUGGAUGGCCCACGAGGUCUCUUCCAACUCUACUAUUCUAUGAUUCUAUCAAGUUAGAUAUGCCACCCAUCCUAUAUCCGUACAUUUCUUUUUUAUAACCAAAGUAUACUGUACGUUUGUCCCUGGAUAGUUUUGAGCCCACUCUCUAUUCUGUUAGGGUCAUUUUGGAUCCUGCUCAGAGAUCGCUCAGAAAUUGGCUUCCUUUGCCUAAGAAGAAUUUAUUGGUCUUUGUUUUCUGCACUUCUGGAGAUUCGAGUAUUUCAA